CAGAUCACUGCAAUGCUACAAAAUCAACUUCACUCCAUUGCCUCAAAUAUCGUGAAAAGAUAAUCUUUUUUGCAAUUAUACCUAUCCAAACGACAUAAUGCAGGUUUUAGUUCUGUCCUAGUGAAUUAUAACCAGUGUUAGUGAGUGGUGAUGUCCAAAUGAUUUGAGUGCUCACAAAGGUUUUCAAGUGUAUGAAUCAAUUAAGAAUUAAUUGAAGAAAAUAUAAUGGACAACGAGCAGCCCCACCAGGAGCUGGUAAAAUGUGUUGUAGUCGGAGACACAGCAGUCGGCAAGACCCGCCUGAUAUGUGCUCGGGCGUGCAACAAACACGUGUCUCUCUCGCAGUUGAUGACUACCCAUGUGCCAACUGUGUGGGCUAUUGAUCAGUACCGGAUUUAUAAGGAUGUGCUAGAAAGAUCUUGGGAAGUAGUAGACGGUGUGAAUGUGUCCCUUCGUCUUUGGGACACAUUUGGUGAUCAUGAAAAGGACAGAAGGUUUGCCUAUGGAAGGUCCGACGUGGUUCUUUUAUGUUUUUCCAUCACAAACCCUAUAUCUUUGAGGAAUUGUGGAGCUAUGUGGUAUCCUGAAAUUAGACGGUUUUGUCCGAACACACCAAUAUUACUAGUGGGAUGUAAGAAUGAUCUGCGCUACAUGUAUAGAGAUGAAACCUAUCUAAAUUACUGUAAGGACCGCAGUCCUUUCAUCAGGGCCCCAAGAAAAAGUGACCUAGUAAUGCCGGACCAAGGCCGGGCCCUAGCUCACGAGUUCGGCAUAUACUACUAUGAAACAUCAGUGUUCACCUACUAUGGAGUUAACGAGGUGUUCGAGAAUGCCAUCAGGGCUGCUCUCAUAGCUAGGAGACAGCAGAGGUUCUGGAUGACCAACCUUAAGAGGGUUCAAAGGCCUUUAUUGCAGGCACCAUUUAGACCUCCGAGACCAAUGGAGCCUGAAGUAGUGGUCGUCAACAGCACCUAUCUGGAAAACAUGACUACCUUAUUACGACAACAGUAUUUCUCAGACAUGGUAAUAAUAUGCGGGGCGAAAGGCUUCCCAGUGCACCGGUUCAUGAUGGCCGCCGCCUGCGAAGCCUUCCACCGGCUGCUGACCAGCGACUGCGUCAGCCUGUCUGCUGAACUGGCCAGGAGUUCCAGCGAGAGCAGCAUGGUAAGCAGCAUGGGUGAGGCAACAACGGGCGAGUUCAAUGAGGACACCGAGUAUUUAAUACGACAGGACCAGGCGAAGCAGAUGAGAGUAUGGGAUCAGAUAAAACGGAGGUCAUCAUGCCAGAUCCUGCCUCUCAGUGACAGCUGUAAAAAGCCCCCAGACUUAUACCGGGAAGUCAACCAUCCUGCUAUCAACUCUAUCAGAGUUGUUAAGUGCGACAAGAUCCAACAUGCCACCUCCCAAACUCAAACCAUAGUGACGAUGAGCAAACUCAUUUCUCAAAAUGUUAUGCAAGAAAUUAUCAACUUUAUCUACACGGGGGCUUUAGAUAGCAGUGCUUUCAAACAGCAGUCAGCUGCUAUCGGAUUAUUACUGGAGAUCAGACAGGCGGCUGAGUUGCUGGGCUUCCACGAGCUCACGAAGCUCAGUCAGUUCAUACUGGACCAGCAUCUGUUGUUCGACAAGGGGUUUAUGCUGCAGUUUCAUACGCCUCUGGGCGGGCGUCUCCGCGACAUGUGCGUGGAGCGGGCGCAGUUCGCGGACGUGACGUUCGACCUGGACGACGGCAUCCACCUCGCGCACCGCGCCGCGCUCAUGGCUCGGUGUGACCCCAUGAAGGCCAUGUUCCAGGGACACUUUAGGGAAAGCACUUCUAGAGUGAUAUCAUUUCCCGGCGUGAAAAUGUACGCUUUCCACAUCCUACUAUGCUACAUAUACAGCGAUAAGAUUCCCGCAGUAGACCCUACAAGAUGCCUCGAGCUAUUGGAGCUGGCCAACAGGCUGUGCAUGAACCGCCUCGUCAAUCUGGUGGAAGCCAGGGUUAUAGAUCAGCUGCAGCAGAGAGACAGAGUGUGUGGUGAUGAUGACCAAGUUGUUGAAAUAGCGCUGUCGCUACUAGAACCUGUUAAGCUGCACAACGCGCAGCAGCUAGCGGAGUGGUGCACGUGGCGCCUGUGCGGCGCCUACGACCGCGUGUGCCGCGCCAGACAUCUGUCGCAGCCCAGCCGCGACUACCUCGCCGACAACCGCUGGCCGCCCGUCUGGUACGUGAAAGAGUUCGACUACUACCAGAAGUGCGUGAACGAGCAGAGUAAAGAGCAGAAAGAAUUGAGACCCAAUACCUCGUUACAAGCUAAUCAACAGACUGGAUGUUUGUGCUUUACUAGCAAGGUCCGUCGCGACAGUUCAGCAGGAGCGGAUGUAACAACAGCACUGUGCCGGUCUGCCACCGCCCCGCAUAGUGCCCCGCAUACCGCCCCGCACGUGGCCCCGCACCCGCACCCACAGCCGCCCCUCUGACAUCUGCCUUACUGGAGGUAUGUGAUGUAACAACAGCACUGUGCCGGUCUGCCACCGCCCCGCAUAGUGCCCCGCAUACCGCCCCGCACGUGGCCCCGCACCCGCACCCACAGCCGCCCCUCUGACAUCUGCCUUACUGGA